CUUUUUAAAAAGGGAGUUUAUUGUUUGUUUCAUUAGGCAAUGGAUCUACAAUCCACAGCCACAGAGCAAAACCAAAAUAUAACACCACUCCCGCUCUACCCAGAUGCAUUCAAUACCACUGAGUGGCAUCUGGUAUACAGCAUUAUUCCACCAUACAUCUUCAUCAUAUGUUUGACUGGGAUUUCUGGAAAUACCUUUGUCCUUCUAGUUUUCCUAUUCCAAAGAAGCCCUUGGAAUGUCCCCGAGAUUUAUUUAGGAAGCUUGGUUUUGGCCGACCUGUUGUUUCUUUUAUGCUUGCCAUUUUGGGCCAUAAACAUCCUCAACUACUUCCACUGGACUUAUGGAGAGGUCAUGUGUAAAGUUGUCAACAUGUCCAUCAUUGUAAACAUGUACAGUAGUGUAUACAUGAUAGCAAUGGUGAAUGUGGAUCGCUAUUUGGCACUGGUACAGACCAUGAGAGCGAGAUGGUUUAGAAAAAAACGUUAUGCCAAGGUUAUCUGUCUGGUUCUGUGGCUUUUUGGUUUUGUCAUGAGUGCGCCAGUAGCUGUUCACAGGACCAUCAGGUACAUCCCUGGCCUUCAGAUCACAGCCUGCAUUCUGGAUUACCCAAGCAACACCUGGAGGCUGGUCCACCAUUUUAAUUUGAUCCUUCUGGGCUUUCUACUGCCUUUCCUGGUAAUCGUGUUCUGUAGCUGUAGUAUCAUAAGAGUGCUGAGAAAAAGGAGCCAGAACAUUUCCAUUCAGGAGAGAAAUGAUAGAAAGGCAACAGUGCUUGUGUGUGCUGUCACAGUGUUGUUCCUGGUUUGCUGGGGCCCAUUUCAGGUCGUAACAUUCCUGGAUAUAUUGUGUGAUUACAAGAUCUUGGAUGAGGAGGUGUGGUAUCACGCUCUGGAUAUUGGAUCUCAGUCUUCAACUUAUUUGGCCUGUCUGAACAGCUGUCUUAACCCGCUGCUGUAUGUCUGCUCUGGACAAUACUUCAGGAGGAAAGUCAGUGAGAUGUACAAGAGGAGGAAAAUAUCCAGCGGAUCUGUUGUGACAGCUUUACAACGCUCAAUAGUAUCAACUUAUCUUACAAGAAGAGAUCAGACAAAGCCUGUUGUAAUUUGA